AUGAACGGUAAAGGCAAGAAGAAAAAACCAAAAGCAGCAAAAAACGGCGACAAAUCAAAUAAAAAGAAAACAGGAAAACCAAAGAAAGGCGGGAAAAAGAGUCGUUCGAAAAGUGCGAGGUGUAAUGUGGAUAUCUUCACCGAGGCGGCUAUGGAAAACGCUUAUACAACGUGUCACAAUGUCCAGGAUCUGUUGAGGUGGAGAGGAUUCCCUUGGCCAGAUGCGCAAAAGAAGAAGAAGAAAGGCAGGAAAUAGUAACAUUCACGACUAUCUGUAUUAACUAUGACAUAUCUAGUAGCUUCUCUUAUUUGUGUGAUGUAUCAAUACUAAUAAAAGA